AUGGAGAGGGUCAAGUUGAUCGAUUUCGAGUUCAGUCUCUCGCCAGGAAGCAGCACGGACGACGUGGGUAUCGCGCUCCUGAAUGUCUUUGCGGCAGGCCUUGUGCUCCUGGAGGAGCUGCUGGACAUUCAGUAUCUCUACGAACAUCAGCGGGAGAGCGAGGCGCUGACUGCCUACCUGGCACAGCUGAUGGCCGAGGGCUUGUCACACAAGGAGCGAUGCGACCGCCUUGCGAGCAAACUGAAAGCCAUGAGGUUGAAAUGCGGCAAGCGGCCACCGGUUGUGCUGCUGGGUGAGGAAGCCGGCGCCAUGGCGCUGGACCUUGUACACAAGCUCACGCAGCACUCGGCGCGCAUCGUUGUAUUUCCCUUUGAGUCCGACAUGUACAUGUACAUCACGACCUUGAUCUGCAUUCAUGACAACAAGCCAUAA